AUCGCAAAGCUUUGAAAAGUUCCCCAGACUUUCUUUGACUCAUACCUAUCAUUGGAUGAGUCUUCGGUGAAUGCGAUCUUUUUGUAGCCUUACAAGAAAUAUUGUUGUCAAACCAAAACUAAACCCACAGCUCAUAUUUCGAACCUUUACAGCUACUACACCCCACCAUAAAUACCAAACACCAACACGAAAGAAGGACAAAAUAAUGUCGACCACUACCACCCUUAAGGGUCAGCCCCUUGAUCGUCAAGUCCUCGAUUCUAUGUUGAGGCGGCGCAUGUUCUACACUCCCUCUUUCGAAAUCUAUAAUGGAGUCGCUGGUCUUUAUGAUUAUGGUCCUCCCGGUUGCGCCUUGCAGGCGAACGUUAUUGACUUAUGGCGCAAACAUUUCGUCUUGGAAGAAGAUAUGUUGGAACUGGACUGCACAGCAUUGACUCCAGCUGAAGUUCUCCAAACUAGUGGUCAUGUUGAGAAGUUUGCAGAUUGGAUGUGCAAAGACCCCAAGAACGGCGAUAUCAUGCGAGCGGAUCAUUUUGUUGAAGACAUACUUGAGUCGAGGUUGAGAGGUGACAAGGAAGCUAGAGGUGUCAAAGUUGUCGAAGAAGAAGAGGACCCAUCAAAAAAGAAGAAGAAGAAGAAGACUAAGGGAAUUGAAGCUGUGAAACUCGAUGAUACAGUUGUUCAAGAAUACGAGGAGAUUUUGGCCAAGAUUGAUAAUUACAAUGGAGAAGAACUUGGUCAAUUGAUCAAAAAGUACGAAAUGAAGAACCCAGAAACUGGCAUGGAGCCUUCCGCACCAGUAGCUUUCAACCUUAUGUUCCAGACUGCAAUUGGCCCAAGCAGUAACACGCCAGGUUAUUUACGCCCAGAAACUGCCCAAGGUCAAUUUCUCAACUUCGCCAAGCUUCUCGAAUACAAUCAACAACAAAUGCCAUUUGCUUCUGCUUCCAUUGGCAAGUCAUACAGAAAUGAAAUCUCUCCCCGUGGUGGUUUAUUGAGAGUUCGAGAGUUCUUGAUGGCUGAGAUUGAACAUUUUGUCGAUCCUGAAGGCGGCAAGAAGCAUGAACGUUUCAACGACGUCAAAGAUGUAGAGCUUGUUUUGUUGAAUCGCCAUACUCAAUUAGCCGGUAAAACUGAUGUUGAAAAAAUGGCUAUCGGCAAGGCCGUCGAAAAUGGCACUGUCGACAACGAGACUCUUGGCUACUUUUUGGCACGAAUCCAGCUCUUCCUUGCAAAGAUUGGUGUUGAUCAAUCCAAAGUUAGAUUCAGACAGCACAUGGCCAAUGAGAUGGCUCAUUAUGCUGCAGAUUGCUGGGAUGCCGAGUUGCAUACCAGCUCUGGUUGGGUUGAGUGUGUUGGUUGUGCUGACAGAAGCGCUUACGAUCUCAGCGUACACGCAAAGAAGACUGGUGCGGCUUUGAUGGUCCGUCAAAGAUUAGAUACUCCAAUUAGCGUCGAGGAGUGGCAAGUUGAUCUUGAUAAGAAGAAGUUCGGCCCCAAAUUCAAGAAGGACGGUAAGGCUGUUGAGGCUGCUAUUGAAGCUCUGUCGCAAGAAAAGCUAGAAUCCCUUGCAAAAGAGCUCAAAGACGAUGGAAAGAUUAUCAUUGAGGUCGAUGGAAUCGCUGAUGGUAAAGCGGAAGUUGGUGCUGAUCUUAUCAAGAUUGAGCUCCGAACCCGGGUUGAAAACACCAGAGAAUAUACUCCAAACGUAAUUGAGCCUUCAUUUGGUAUCGGUAGAAUUUUGUACGCCUUGAUGGAGCACAACUACUGGACCCGUGGUAGCGAAGGUGGCGAUGAAGCACGUGGUGUCCUCUCAUUCCCACCAAUUGUUGCUCCCACUAAAGUACUGCUCGUUCCCCUCUCUUCUCAUGAGAGUUUCAAGCCCUUCCUGAAGCAAAUCUCAUAUAAACUCCGAUCCAUGGGUAUUUCUAGCCGUAUUGAUGACUCUUCGGCAUCCAUUGGCAAGCGUUAUAGCCGAAACGAUGAACUUGGUACUCCUCUGGGCAUCACUGUCGACUUCCAAAGUGUUAACGAUAGUACAUUCACUUUGAGAGAUAGAGAUUCCACCAAGCAAGUCCGUGCAUCCCAGGAGAAGAUCCUGGCGGCUAUCAAAGAGUUGGUUGACGGCACCAAGGUUUGGGCAGAUAUAGAGAAAGAACUGCCAAUCUUCGAGGGUCAAGAGGCUGAUCUUCCUACUCGUUAAGACACAGAAAUUUCUAGAAUUCGCGAAAUGUUCAUCACAUAUUAUCAGAUAGGCAUGUGGAGAUGCUGUAAACACCUACUGGUUAAUCCUUGAGGAGUUCGGAGAAUUCGAUGUCACACAUAGGUUAUGAAUUUGUGAUAUUAUCUUGCGCCAAAUGAUAAAAAUAACAAUUCAUUAACGUCUAACGGACUUUUUUUUCCCCCAAAAAAGAUAUUCCCGAUCGUAGGAACGACUUCUAAUUGAUACGAGAAACCAUAUGUUUUAACAAGAUGUUCGUCCUACGUAAUAAGUAAAUUCAAAAUGUGGAAGAUCAAUGCGUGAGCUUCCAUCAUACUUCUUUUUCGCUUCUAGAAAUUCCAUGGUUGUUAGGUGCAUUUAGAAAGAGGGGGGAAACACACAUGUAAGAAAGAAACACCCCGUAGAAGUGACCAGUUCCCUCUUGGGGAUGAUCAUAAACAUUUGACUUCAUCGAAACCGGAAAUACAUAGCCCAAGAAAUUGCUAAACCGUGCGAGGGUUUAAAUCUGUUACAAGAUCCGUUCAUUUGGAAACACGAACUUGUAAUACCUAGUACCUAUGACACUAAUUUUCGAAACAAAGGAUGCUCAUUUGAUUAGCAGGCUCGGUAAGGGUGGCGCUUAGGAGGAAUAUCAGAGGGGGCUUUGCUUUACUUCAAGAGACCAAUGCACAUUUCAAUUCAUGUACAAAGCGUCUGCGUGAGAGAAAAACUGGGAAUUUUGUCAAUCAAUUUUGUAGGAGACGUUGCCGUUGCCGUUGAAUUGUUUUAUAAAUUCUUUCGAGAGUUUGAAAGUUCAUGUUUAGGGGCUUUGACAACUUGUAAAUAGCUUUUUGUUUGUGUCAAUCAACUAAUCUAUGAAACAGU